AUGGCGGGGAUUGCAGUGGAUAGCGAGGCCUGGUUUUUGGAGCGUUGCCAGAAGGUCAAACUCAGCGAGUCCACCAUUCGCACUCUUGUCGAUGCGGGAUUCAAGAGCUUCGGAACCUUGGCUUUUGCUGUGUCUACCACGCCGACACAAUUGGAUGAAGCCGAUGUGAAGCGAUGGAUGGGAAACAUUUUUCCACAUGACUUCCCGCCUGAUCAGUCCUCUAAGGUGAGACGUUUGAUGUUUGAAGCCCAGAACCUAAGCGUGGCUGACAUGAAGGCACGCGUGGAACCUGCCGCUGACACAGCUGCGGUUCGUGCUAUGCCCAAUGCGGAGCGCUUGGCCCGCCAGGAGGCCUUGAAGAAGCGUGUCACGGGCCUCAUUCUUUCGCCUGAAACCUUGCCAGCUCAUUCCGUUGUGGACACUCUUGUCAAACAACUCGAGGAUGGAGUCCUCCAGUACUUGCCAGCCUAUCGCAUCAUCAGCCGUGCCCAGGAAGCUCAGAUGUUGAAGAAAGACCAGCAAGUGGUGGUUGAUGGCGAGGGGAACUUGAAGAUGGCGAGCAAAGCCGAAUCUGCCACUUGUGACACGCACACUGACUUAGCUCUGCGCAACGCUUGGACUCGUCGCUCGCUGGCAUAUGAUCUCGCCGGCUUGUGCAGCUUUCAGGUGCUUGAGGAGUGGUGUCACAAAUGCUUCCUUGCCUUGAUGAGGCCCGUGCCCAGUGGUUACUCCAAAGUAACCACUCAUCAACUUAUUGCUGCCGACAGGCACCUGUUCACGCUGGCUUCGCAUGCGCUCCUUGGAAAACUUGCCGGCGAGCCCGGCCGUGAGAAGCCUUUGGAAACCCAGAUCAAGCUGUUGUCCGAGUCGCAAGAGGUUUUGCAGUACCUUAACGCUCUCCCUACUCCUCCUCCUUCUGCCCCCUGGCCAGGCAAGCGCAAAUGGGAUGACCCCAAAGGCGGUGAGAAGGGCGAUAAAGGGAAAGGUAAGGGGAAGGGCAAGUCGUCUAAGGGUGAGGUUCGCAAGGAGUUCACAGUGCCCGACGGCUGUGUCAGCCGCGUGAACGACAAGCCUGAAGGUGCCGCUUUCGAGUUAACUCCAAGAACCGUUGCGGCCGUGGUUUCCACAUCUGUUGGAGGGCUGGGUGUGGUGGCGACCACCCUGGCCAUCUGUGCACAAAGGGGUCUUGACUCCGGGCGGGGGGCGAACUCUGUUGGCUUAGGUCCCGAAGCCCUUGCCGAGCAACUUCUUCGAAAGCCAACCUUGGAAGCCUUUGAUGUUUUGCGAGUUUUCGACCUCUUGCCCAGAAAUCCAUCUAAACGAGAUGCCUUCCAUCACCGAAGCUUUGGUUGCGGUGCCUGGGUGUUCGGGUCCCAGAUCGGAAUUCGUACAGAUACUAAGUCUUUUCCAAAGAGCUCCGCUCUCUUUUGCCGUUAUGUUCACCAAGUGAAUCCUCACCACACCUUUUCCAGCCUGGUCUUGCUCGAUGAUGUUCAAAGCCCACUCCAUGUGGACUGCAACAAUGACCGCUCCUCCUGGAACCUUGUCAUCCCCUUGACCCGAUUUCGCAAAGGCUACAUCUGGGAAGAAUGCGAAGGAGGGGCUGACCGCUUUGAAGACGCUUCUGGCACUUUUUGGGGGCGUCUGCAUGAUGUAUCCGCCGGACCAGUCUUGCUUCAUGCCGCCGUGAACCGCCAUGCUGUUUUGCCUUGGGAAGGCCGCAGGGUUGUGCUGAUUGCCUUCACCCCCCGGGAUAGUCCCAAGCUUCCCCUUGCCGACCGUGACUGGCUGGGUGACAUUGGCUUCCGCCUACCCUCCUCAUCCGCCUUGCCCACCCUUGGCCCGCCCAAACUCUUUCUCGAGGUCUUCUCCGGGUCCGCGACCCUGGCUCGAGCCGCCCAGAGGCUCGGGUUCACGGCCGUUGCUGUUGAUAACUGUCCCCGGCGUCCUCAAGUUCCCACGGUUCGCCUUGACCUUGCUUCCGAUAUGGGCCGCGAUGCCUUGUUUCGUUUGCUGCAUGACAAAAAGCCUGCCGCGGUGCAUCUAGGCCCCCCUUGUGGCACAUCGUCUCGGGCCCGUGAGCGGCCCUUGCCGGCCAAGUUACGCGCCCUCGGCCUCCGUGACCCUCGGCCGCUUCGGAGCGCCGACUUUCCCCUCGGCUUGCCUCACAUUGACCCCGCCAGCCCUGAUGGUUUGCGCCUCGCCGCUGCCAAUCGUCUUUAUGACUUGGUCUUUCAUGUCCUGCUUUGGUGCGCUGAGCACGACUGUGUCUUCACUCUUGAAAACCCCUCGAACUCGUGGUUCUGGAGUGUGCUGGCCUUGAAGGUCCGAAUGCACGCUUCGCCCAAGGUCCGCCGCUGGUUCAGUGACUUGCAUGAGAUCAUCUUCGACGCUUGUGAGCACGGUGGCGCUCGUCCCAAGUCCACCAAGCUCCUCAGCAACCGGGCUGCCUUUGGCAGCCUUCGUGCCCGCUGCAGCGGCCGUCAUGUGCACGAACCUUGGGGCGUCAGCUGGCGUGCUGGCGGUUGGGUGUGGUCCACUCACCUCGAGGCCCAGUAUCCUGUUGUGUUGGCUGCUCGCUGGGCCGCAUGCUUUGCUUCUGCUUGCCAUGUCUCCCCUGGCCCGACCGAGGCCCCCGACCCGCGCUUGCAGUCUCUUUCCGCGGUGGGACGCCAAACCCGUAAGCAUAAGCCCUUGGUUUCCGAAUAUAAAUUCGUGCGCAUCAUGCCCCGCGGCCAAAUUCCCUCAUCCGGUUGCAAGGUCCUCGGCGCGCCUCCCGUGCAAGGGGGUGAUUCGGGGGAGGUCGCCGAGGCUCUUCCUGAGACUUCCCCAGACAGCGAGGGGCUUGGUUUGGAUAGGGGUGAGGAUUGCCAGGUUGGUUUCUACAGGGAUCCUUGUGAAUGGUUCCAGGCUGCUAAGAAAGUGUGCCACCCUCUUGACUCCGAAAACAAACUCCCAAAGGAGCUGAAAGCUUCUCUUGAGGCCAACAUGGUAGCUGAUCGCCGAGCCCUCUUUCUUCGUCGAAAACUUGCACUGAUGAAAGCAGAGAUCCUUUCCAAAAAGUUGGAACAAGACGAAAGCAAACUUCACUCAGCGAUGCCAUCGUGGAUGCAGACCGUGAUGCAAGGCAAGAGGAUCCUACUUCUGGAGUCUUUGCUGCGACAGCACAAUUUCGAUGACAUGGAGGCAAUCGAGCUUUUGAAGUCGGGGGUGAAGUUGUCGGGUGUGUCCGAAUGCCCUGCUGCCUUUGAUGUCAAAGUGAAACCUGCCACGUCUACCGAAGCGGAGCUCCGUCAAGUCGCUCCCUUGAAACGGGCAGCGCUACUUUUGGAAAAUCGGGCUUCCGAUCCCGAGCUAGAACGCGAUCUGCUGAAGGUGACCAUGGACGAAGCGAAGGCUGGAUGGCUUCAGGGGCCUUUCAGCAGUGAAACGGAAGUUUCUGAGCAUCUGGGGAGAACAGAUUGGAGUUUGAUGCGAAGGUUUGGCGUUCGACAAGGAGGCAAACUGAGACCGAUUGACGAUGCCUGCGAUUCCGACUUGAACUGCACUUUCACCAGCACCAUGAAGCUAAAGUUACAGGACGGCGACUUCUGCAUUUCUUUGGCCAUGGAAAUCGCAAAGCGCGUGAUGGGAAAGCCGGGAGUCGUUCCCAGAGAGUGGAGUGGCCGAUGCCUUGAUCUAAGUGGUGCUUACAAACAGAUGGCAGUCUGUGAGCAACAUCGGAGCUUGUGCGUUCUGCUUCUGCGUGAUGCCGAUGGCCGCCCAAUCUUUUUCAUUUCUUCAGCAUUG